CAUUCACAUUACCCAAAUUUGGAGCUGCUACUCCAAAAGUCAGUGUGGAAGUACCUGAUGUGGACAAAGACAUUAAAACUGAUGGAGCUUCAGUGGAUUUCACUGCACCCAGCAUUGACACUGAAUGCCUAUCUGUAGAUGUGAAAGCUAAAGGAAGUGAAAUUGAAGGACCAGGAAGCAAGUUUAAGAUGCCAAAGUUUGGUAUCUCAAUGCCCAAGGUAAAAGGCCCUGAAAUUGAUUUAAGUUUAUCAAAGAAAGAUGUAGAUGUCACAUUACCAGAAGCUAAAGCUGAAAUCAAAUUGCCCAAUGUUGAAGUCAAAGAAUCUGAAGGUGCCAUUUUAAUCCCAGAUGUACCAACAGUUGAUGUUGAAAACAAGAUGAAAAGACCAAACUGGUCAUUUCCAAAAUUUUCCUUUUCAAGAACAGGUGGGAAAACCCCUGAUGCUGAUGUAAACCUUGAAACACCCAAAGUUGAUGUUACAUCACCAGAGGCCAAAUCAGAAGUCCAAGGACUUUCAGGGGCUAUUUCAAUGGAAGAGCCACCUGCUGCAGAACUUGAUGAGAACUUGAAAAAACCCAAAUUUACACUCCCCAGAUUUUCUUUUUCAAAGUCAAGUGUUAAAGAACCUGAAGUCAGUGCUGAGCUUCCAGAUGUUGAUGUUUUUCUUCCAGAAAGAGAAGUGAUAGUGAAGCAACCUGGAAUUAAAAUGAAAGCUCCUGAGCUUGAAGUUGAACAUGAUGGACAGGAAAGUAAGUUUAAAUUGCCAAAGUUUGGUAUUGCACUACCAAAAGCAAAAGGACCUGGAAAAGAUUUAAAUGCAUCACAGAAGGUUCUAGGCAUCACACUGCCAGAAGCUAAGGCAGAGGUCAAUCUCCCUGAAAUUGAAGUCAAAGAAUCUUCAGCUAGUGUGGAAAUGAAAGCUUCUGAGACUGAAGCUAAGUCAAAAGGUGUUGGGGGAUCACCAUUGAAAUUUAAAAUGCCAACUUUGAAAAUGCCCACAUUUGGAGUUGCAGCCUAUGAUGUCACAGUAGGAGCACCUGAUGCAGACAAAGUUGCUGAAACAGAUGGAGCUAAACUAAAGGAGGAUGUUUCUGUCAAUAUCAAAGGUCAAAGGUCAAUAUCAAGUGUUGAUAUUAAAACGGAUGUGUCUAAAGAAGGUUCUGAAAAGCCAAAAACUGAGGCUGAAAGUGUGGGUCUUGGGUCUCCAAGUAAAUUCAAACUACCAUCAUUUAAAAUGCCAAAGCUGAGUUUUUCAAGACCCAACCCUGAAGAUGAACAUGUCCCUGUUGACACAGAAUGCAAAGAAAAACAGGUGGAAAUGGAAGUAAAGCCAAAAGGAGAGAGUAAAUCAGCAAAAGUGACUUUGACAUCGUUUGGUGAGAUCCUCAAAAAUAUUGAUGUUGAAUUUGAUGUUCCAAAAACAGAAGAACAUCUUGAAACCUCAAAGGAAGUUCAUGAAACAGAUGAAACCAGAGGAAAACAGUUAGAGGCAAAGGAAAAGGAAACAAACAUAAAUACUACCAAAAGUCCUGAAAGAACAGGUUGGUUUAAAUUCCCCAAGUUUGGACUCUCCUCCCCAUCAGAACCUGCCAAGAUUUCUGAAAAAGACAUGCACGAGGAUGAAAAGACCCCAGUAGGGGGAACAGUUGAGGAAACAAGCCCCACCUUUUCAGUCCAGUCAUCAGACGCCUUUGCUGAUAUUAGCUCUGCGAUGACAAGUGAGCAUGUUGGCCUGUCCUUAUCUUCUCCAACCAAGGUAACUGUUAAAUACUCUGAACCUGUCGCUGCCACAGGGCUUGAAGAGAUGCACAGUAACAUUACUUCCACCACAAGAACUGAGCUCAUCUCAGCUGAGCCCAACUUGCCUGAGAAAAUCACAAUUCUGUCUUCUGGAGUUUCAUCUUCAUCAGAUGACACGCUCAGACUGGAAUCAGGAAAAAUACAUGUCAUUACAUCAAAUAUACAAGCCACCCCAGAGGCACAGCGAGCCAAGCUGCUAACUGCUGUCCAAAUCCAAUCAGCUGAAGGCCUUCCCCUAGAAUCAGAGGCUAACGAAGCUGCAUCGUGGACUGUCGAGGAUUCACAAAGCAGCAGGAAAACGGUUUUCGAGAGGCAUUUAGUUAGGGAAACAUCAACAGAAAGAAGUGAAAGCAAAGAAACAAUUGUAAUAACUAAACAAAUCACAAGUAUGUUUGACUCUUCUGAGCCCACCUUAGGUGCGACAGCUUCAUCCAUUCAGCGACUCAGAGAGUCUGUGCACUCUGAGAAAAUGAGGUUCUUUGAUGAAGCCGACAAGUGAAAUAACUUUAUGUAAAUUAUGUCUAAAAUUACAAUCCCUCAUUAUCCAGUCUCAGUGGCUGGUGGGAUUCUGAAUGUCACUGUGACAGAGAGGUGAGAUAAAAAAACUGGUUGGCAGCUGGAAAAGAUUGUUUGCAAGUUUAACUUACCAAUCACAGGAAACAAUCAGUUAGUGUUUAGGUGUUAACUUCCAUCUCUGGUUGCAUGUUGUUGACCUAUGAAGAGAUGGAUUAAUGUAGGCUAGUUCACUGACAAUGUGAUUCACUUGGUAAUAAACUGUGUAACUCAGUGCCCUUACUGUAUAUCCUGACAGGACUUCACCAAAUAUCCUUGCUUGUUGUGGUACAGAACUAAAGUAAGCUACGUAUUUUGCUUAUCAAAACUUAUAUUUGUUGUUUCAUAGUUUUUAAUGUACAACGGUGAUCCAACUUACUUGUGCUCUUAUUUAUCGGAUGAUAAUCUGCAGUGCAUUUGAUUUUAAAAUGGGUUUUUUUAACAAGACGGUUGCAAAAAUCAAUCAAUGUGACUGACAUUCCAAAAUGUGUUUACAAUAAUUUUACUAUUAAGCUGACAUUAGAGAACACUUACAAUACAAUUGGGCAGUUUAUCAAAAAAUGAAUAUGUACAUGUAUCACCAGAAUAUUCUUGUUGCUGCAACAGAAAAUGUAAAGAAACAAUUACAAUGUAAAGCUGAAAUGAAACGCUUAUGACCAAACAACGCAAGUGUACUGCUACAACUAUAUUUUGUAUUAAUAUUUUGCUUAGAACCUAAUUUGCUACAGUAAAAUAUAUAUUAACAGUAGGUUUCAAUAUCAGUGUACAAACUGGCUGUGUAAAUAGCUUUUAAUGAUCUCUGGAGUUUCAUUUGAUUACUGCUCCUCUUUGAAUUAUGAUGCAAUGUGUUUGCAAAUCUAUACACAAUAAAUAUUAUUAUAUGUAAA